GAAGUUAAAGCAAAAACAAGACCAGCUUUUUUGCCAAGGUCCAGUCCUGAUGGUCGUCUUUCCCCUCCCAUUGAUUACCACAAGAGAUCAUACGCAAGAGCUGUCACUGAAGGAAGAUCUUCUGCUACAAGUGACUCAAGUGACUCUUAUUCAAGCGAUUCAAGCCAUUCAUCAGGUAAUAGUCUUUGUGACUCUCCCUCAUAUGAUCUUCUUGAAAAUACAGUGGUGAUAGUCAGACGAUUUUUUCAUGACGACUGGUACAAAAUCCUUCAAAACCUGAGGAAACAAACAGAGGAAUCCUUCACGUAUAACGCUUUCCAUGUUGAAAAAGCUUUAGUCCAUUUUAGUUCAAGCAUACCUGCAAAUCUUCUCUGCCAAAACAAAGGAUGGACCACGGUAGGAAAGUACUCGGUAAGAUUCGAAAAAUGGUGCUCUGUGCAUCAUGCCACUCCAAAACUCAUUCCUAGCUAUGGAGGAUGGACUUCUUUCAGAGGAAUUCCCCUGCACCUGUGGAAUAUGAAGACUUUUCAGCAAAUUGGAAAAGCUUGCGGAGGUUUGAUUAAAGUGGCUGAGGAAACAAGAUCAGCAGAAAAUCUGAUAGAAGCAAAGAUAAAGAUCAGAUACAACUAUUCAGGCUUCUUACCAGCAAAUGUAAGGAUCUUUGAUAGUGAAGGAAACAAAUUCUCCAUUCAAGUAGUUACUCAUCCAGAAGGCAAAUGGCUAAUAGAAAGGAAUGUAAGACUUCAUGGCACCUUCAAGAGACAAGCUGCUGCUGCCUUUGAUGAAUUCAAUCCUGACUCAGAACAGUUCUUUUUCGAAGGAAUGGAGGCCAUAUCGCCGGAUUUCCUUACCACCAGCUCCGACGGCCGUAAAAGCAGCACACCGGAUCAGCCAUCUGCAUUAAAAUCUGUAAUCAUUAGACCUGACAAAGUUGCCACGUCGCCGAGCUUCUUAAAUGAAGAGGUAGUUAAUGAUAGUAAUUUGCAUGCAACGGCUAAUAAAUCCGGACUAGAGAUAUUAUCUGGGAUAUCCAAUGAUGGCGUGUUGGAUAAAGGAAAACAGAAGGUUGACAUUCAGCUUCAACCAAUUUCAGCAUUAAAUUUGGAUAAAUCUAAAAGGAAAGUCUCCUUCAACUCUCCCUGUAAUAAAACCAACAUCUUCAACCCGGAUUCUGCUCCAGCCAAUCAUUCUCCAUCAUUAAGUUCUCCUGAAAAAAAACAGAAAGUAAGUAGAGAGAGAAGUAUCAAGAAGAGAUUGCCCUCCACUCAGCCGAACUCAAAAGCCAAUCAGAAGAAAGAGGAAUUAAUUACUCAACCAAUUCAAAUUGUGGCACACGAAGGGGAAGCUUCUAAAAAAGGUCUUUUUCUCACUGUUGACCUGGGAGAUCUGCCAACUUUGGAUCCAAACAAAUCAUUUGAAGACCACCACAGCUCUGAUAAUGCAGAAGUUAUUGAUAUAACAAACACUGAAGUGGUUCCUGAGACACCUGAAAUGAAAAUGCAAGUUAACGAGAAUUCAAAUUCUUCCUCUGAAGUCAACUACAGAAAACCAAAACAUCACUACAAGAAAAUGGAGAAUUCCCGACGCCGAAAAGCACGUCGGCAUAAAGAACGUCGGGAAUAAGGGCUUUCCCGACGCCCUCAACAACGCGUCGGGAGAUGCGUCGGGAAAACCACCUUUCCCGACGCACCAUGAAGGCGUCGGCAAAAAUACAUCGGGAAAAGAGGUUUUUCCCGACGCCGUGAAUAGUGCGUCGGGAGCGGCGUCGGGAAAACCCUUUUUUCCCGACGCAACAUGAAGGCGUCGGCAAAAAGUAAAUCGGGAAAAGGGGUUUUUCCCGACGCCGUGAACAGUGCGUCGGGAGCGGCAUCGGGAAUAGGGGUUUUUCCCGACGCCGCGUUAAACGUCGGGAAAAGGGGUUUAAUGAGCGUCGGGAAUUCCCCUUUUCCCGACGCAUUUUGAAGGAUUUCCCGACGCCACGUCACUGCGUCGGGAAAUCCCCUUUAAAUUCGUUUCAGUUCUGUAUUCACAGAACCGAAGCCGAGAGGAGAGGAGAAAAAGAAAGGAGAAGAAGAAGAACGUCGCCCGGCCGUGCUUUCCUUUUGUUCCGCCGCCGUCCGUCGCCGACCGCCUCGCCGUUGUUCCUCGUCGCCGUCUGCCACUUUAGCCAUUAUGUCAUAUCGACCAUCAAAUUUUAUGGAGACGGACGAUAUGUUCCUCCAGUUUGAGGACGAUUUAGAUAAUAACAUCGCGGGAGGGUCAUCAUCUGUGGGCGACAAUACGGAGUCUUCUUCUCAACAAACGACUCCGACUCCUAGGAGACGUGCGCAGUCUCGACUCUUGGAGUUAGAGCGCCACGUUGCAAUAAAUGGGCGCAUUCCGAUGACGAUCGCCCCUGGAGCGGAGAAGCCUAUUUCUCCACACGCCGUUCGCUUCAGCCAGGCGAUAGGCGUGUGCGUGCGAAAGACAUUUCCCGUCCGCUGUCUUAAGUGGACGGACGUUGGGAGAGAAUACAUUGAGGUCGUCAAGGGCGACCUCCAGCGAUUCUUUGUGCUUGAUUUCAAUGAUCAAGCGAUGAACAGGUUUGUUGAGCAUCAGAUGCUCACGACCUUUAAAGAGUUCCGGGCCGACUGUCAUACACAUUUCAAAAAGUACAGCGACCCGGAGGAGGCUCGUGCCAACCCACCAAACGCAUUGGUUGGACGUGAUGAGGAAUGGCACUUCCUCUGCGACCAUUAUAUCAGCCGUGCAUUCCAGGAGCAAUCACGGACGAACAAGGCUGCUAGACAGAAGCAGCCUUACAAUCAUAGUAGCGGGUCCAAGUCGUUUCUACAACGACAGCAUGAGCUCGCUGAAAGAAGAGGGCAGCCGGUCGAUCGUGUGGAAUUGUUCCGGGAAACACACGUUCGAGCUGGGACAUUCGUGUCGCAAGCCGCCGAGGAUGCGCAUAAUCAAAUGCUGGAACUCCAAUCCCAGCCUAUCCCAGAGGGUAGUCAGCCACUCUCUGAGGAUGAGAUAUGCGAUCAGGUGUUGGGUAGACGACCAGGCUACUCAAAAGGCCUUGGUUGGGGACCCAAGCCGAAGGCCCGCAGAACGGCAAGUGCAAGCAGUUCGUCGACAUCUUGUUCGCAGUCCACACAAAAAGAGAUUGAAUUACAAGCUAAACUUCAUGAAGCUUUGGAACGGAUUGAAGUACAAGAUAGAAAUCACCAAGCAUUAGCUUCACAAGUGGAAGCUAUGAAAAAGAUGAUUGAAGACCUAACUCGUGCACAACAGGGACCACCACAUGAUCCCUAGCUUCAUUAUGUUUAUGUUUUUUCUAUAUUGAGAACUAUAUUUUGUUGUAGUCAACUUAUUCGUAUUAUUAAUUUUAAUUCUAUUUUUUUAA